CAAUUUCACAUUUUUUAUGUUAUUUUUUGCGAUCAAAAAGAAAUAUUUAAUUCAGUCUUCGAACACUAAUUCUUGGUUCACUAGGGUCAUGGUAUAAGAAGGCAAGGUAUGAUCAUUAGUGUCGCCAUCUUACAAAAUGGAGUAAUAAGUUUUUGACGUUUAAUUUGACAAAGUCAAAAGCAACAACAAUUUCCAAGACAAAUUUGUUAACAACAAUUUCAAUGGGCAGCUGUCAAAAACUUAAGAAGCCAUUUUUAAGUUUUGACAGUUCUCGAUACUGAGUUUUUUCUAAUGAUCAUACCUUCUCUUUUUUUACCAUGCAGUAGGGUGCCAACAAAAUAGAAAUAUGUAUAAAAUAUAAAAAAACAAACAUUUUUAGAAUUUUUGGAAUCAGCAUUAAAAAAUACCUAGAAAUCAUGUGUCAUAUUAGUUAUAAUACCACCGUGUAUUUUAGCUAAUUUUGAAAAUCUCUAUUUCGAGCUUUGACCUUGAGAAUCACGACUUGCGGACAUGAGAUUUUUCUAGACUUCUAUUAGCAUUCAUUCCGAGGUUAAACCCUUAUUUGACUGGAUUAAUACAUUUCCAAUUUUUCAAGAUGAAUAAUAAUUUGUAGAAGUACUUUGUAUUAAUACUUUUACAUUUCUUUAAAUAUCAACGCAUUAUAAAAAAAAUAAUUUCAAAUCUAUCUUGAUCUUUCUAUCUUGAUAAACGUCAAAUUUUAACCAGCAUUUUAACGCAAUUCGCACACGGCCUAUAGAUUAAGACCUUACAUAUUUAUAACUGUAUGUUUUGUAGAAAAAAAAACAAAAUAACUUAAAACUUUUUUUCUCUUCUCAUUAUGUACCUAUAUCAAUUUUUUAGUUUGAAAAGUUAAAAAAAAUUACACCAUAGAAAGGCUUACAAAUUUUCUUAAAGAAUAAAUCAGUAUUAGACACAAACAAAAGCCAUAAAACUAGAAAUAAGCUAGAUACCUAGACACUAGACACAAUUGAACUAUAUAAAUAUUCUUCUCCUUAAUUGAAAAGGAUUUCUAGUUUUCUAGUAUACCAAAAAUACGACUUCCUGGAAAGAAUACAACAGGUAGGUAAUGUACACCUAAGUUGAUUAGCUAAAUUUUUUAAAUUUUGAAACGCUGGAAAUGUUUGCAAUUAUUGAGUUUUCCUGGAAGGUAAACAAGCAAAUAAUGAAUGUAGGUAGAAGUUCUCCUUUGAAUAUAAUUUUGGUGUUUGAGUUUAGUAUUUUAAAAUAUUCCGACCAGUACAGGUCAAAUAUAAGUUCCAACAAAACUGUUCAACAACUUGCUAUUAAAACAUGGGCCUUAAAACUUUUGUGAUGUUUAUGGUUUUAAAGAUAAGCAUAGCUUCUCAUCCAGUAAUUUUUCAAAAAGAUAACUCAGUAAUUGCUACUGAGUCUAUAAAAGUAUUGUUACCGCAACAUCAUAAUAUUAUUGACGUUAAAUAUCCAAAUUACGAAGUUGUGACAAAUCUAGCAUCAGAGACAUUGAAGGCUGACAGUCUUCCUGCUGAUUUAAUAGAAAUUGCUGCAACUAAAUUGGGAAUCAGGAAUUUAAAUGAAAUUCCCAGCUUAAGCGAACUCGGUGAUCUUUUAGGCACUACAUCUAGUGAAGAAACUAUUGAAACUAUUCGCGAGUUAACCGCAACUGAAAGUGGAAUUGACUUAAUUAAAGCAUUUAUUGAAUCCUCGGAUUACACGGACCAUACAGUAGAUAAAGAAGCACACGUUCAAGCUGAAGUUAACACAUCAAAAACUUCCCUGGUAACAAUUCUGCUUACUGAAACUGCUCGGAAGGAUUUAGAUAUCAUUAAAAACGUUUUGUCUUCUCAACAGAAUGAUUUGGGAUUUUUUCAACGCGUGUCUUCCUUUCUGAAUAUAUUUGAUUUAUUCCCCCGAAAUACUAAAAUUGCUGUUCCUGAAGUUGGAAGAAAAAGUGCAUCAAAUAAAUCAUGAAUCUCAUUAUCAACGUUAUUCUAAGCUACAACCAAUCCCGCUUAAGAACCAUCUUUCAAAUUCAUUCCCAGUUCCCUAUAGUCCAGAUGCUUCUAGCUCUACUUUGGCGACUCUCACGCAUCGGACGAUAAAAGAAGAUAAUAGGCUUUUGCCUGAGAUGAAUUUUUAAACCAUAAUAGAGAAAAACGAUUAUUAUUAUUGAGUUAUAAUAUACAGACAAAUUUUCUUAUAAAUAUCAACAUACCAAUAUUAAAAUAAAAUUUAUAUGGAAA